GCGCUCCGCCGAGCCAUGUCUUUGAGCCCUAAGCACACGACGCCCUUCUCUGUGUCCGACAUCCUGAGCCCCAUGGAGGAGACCUACAAGAAGUUCGGUAGUGCCAUGGACGGCGCGCCACCUGGACUCUCAGUGCCCCUGGGCGCUGCGACCACCGCCUACCGCGCGCCGCCGCCCGGGAAUUCCCCACAGACGGUCGCCGUGGGCAUGCAGCCGUCCCACACCAUGUCGGGACACGGCGCGGCCGCUACCUACCACAUGCCACCGGGCGUCUCGCAGUUUACGCACGGAGCCAUGGGCGGCUACUGCAACGGCGGGCUGGGCAGCGUGGGCGAGCUGCCCGCCUACACGGAAGGCGUACUUAGCAGCGCAGCGGCCACCGGAUGGUAUGGCGCCAGCCCAGACCCGCGCUACUCAAUCUCCAGGUUCAUGGGGCCGUCGACCGGCGUCAAUGUGGCAGGCAUGGGGUCGCUGACGGGCAUCGCCGAUGCUGCCAAGUCGCUGGCGCCCCUGCACUCGGCAGCCCCACGCCGGAAGCGCCGCGUGCUCUUUUCUCAGGCGCAGGUCUACGAGCUGGAGCGGCGCUUCAAGCAGCAGAAGUACCUGUCGGCGCCGGAGCGCGAGCACCUGGCGAGUAUGAUCCACUUGACGCCAACACAGGUCAAAAUCUGGUUCCAAAACCACCGCUACAAGAUGAAGCGGCAAGCCAAGGACAAGGCCGCUCAGCAGCUGCAGCAGGAGGGUCUGGGCCCGCCGCCGUCGUCGCCGCGCCGCGUGGCAGUUCCCGUGCUGGUCAAGGACGGCAAACCGUGCCAGAACGGCGCGGGCACACCAACGCCUGGCCCUGCGGUCCCGCCGGCCGCCCCGACGUCAGCGCCGGAGCUGGAGGCGCUGUCGCCCAGCCCUCCAGCGAUGCACGGCUCUGGGGCUGGCCUGGCGGCUCUGGACGCGGCCGGAGACUACAGUGGCGGCGUGCUUGGCGCCAACCUGCUCUAUGGCAGGACGUGGUGA